AUGGGCGUUCGAGCUUCCCUGGCCCUAGCGAUCGGCGCAUUGGCUCUGACCUGCAGGUCACAGAAUUCGAUUCCCGAGGACCAAGAUCCGUGUCUAGAUCCCAAGGUUCUUGCCUCGAAAUGGGUUGACGAUAACAUGAUCCGGCCGAACUACAUUCCGGCAACGACGGAGGAAAAGCCUAUUGUUGCUCAGAGAAUCUUCGAUCAGCCCCAGACUUCAGAGACUGGCAAGUCAUAUGUGACUAGUCUGGAGCAGACCAGCGUGCUCUACAUGACAGGAGUCAUCGUAGACUUACUACAGGCGAAUGUUCUGAAGACUGGAGCACCUGGGGACUUGCCACGGUCCCUUGGAACAGGCUAUAACAGUGCCAUUCUUGCCAUGACUGACUUGAAGCAGGGCGAAGGAUCAACACUACAGUUCUCCGGACGCAUCGAAACCCAUAAUGGCGCAAUAAACCUGUACGCAACUGGGGCUGGGACGACAGUCACCCUGGACGCACCCCAACUGUACAGCAGCGGCUCGGGAGCCAUUGGCCUUUUUGCCAUCCGGGGUGCCAAUCUGGAUGUUACCGAUCUCCGCCAUUGUUCGGGUGGCUACCGAUCACCUACCCUCGCGGGUCUCAAUUUCAACAGUCGUGGGGGCAUCGCCCAUACUACCAACCCGGGGUCGCCAUUGAUCUACUCACUAGGGCGAACCAUGUCAUCCAAUCUGACCGGUUGGGCCGAUGCCUCCCCUGCCAUAAUCAUGGAGGGGCCUCAGUAUGUACACCUCAACGCUUCAACCAUCACUUCGGGAACCAUCAGUGGUUUCCUGUUCUUCGAUUGGUCCAUCACGGCACAACAUGAUAUUGGAACGUUGGAGGCGACAUCCCUCAAUCUUACGGUUCGCGAGGGCCCGGCCUUUUACCUCGCAACCUUUUCCGCCGAGAUCAUCCUAAUGAAUGCAAGGAUAGACAAUCCUUCAGGAAUUCUGCUUCUGGCGGAUACGAACACAGCAUCCCGGGACCUUGAGAGGGUCGAGCCACAGCUUUGGAGCGGCAGUCCAAUCUCGUCCAACUCUUCUCUGACGCUGAUGGACUCGGAAGGCAUUUCCGGAGAUAUUGUCACCCGAGGUGGCUGUACCGUCACAGUCCAUCUCCUAGCGAACAGCACGUGGCAGGGCUCCGCCAAUGCAUCUCUCAUCAACAAUCGUGGGGGUUUGACAGUGCAGAUUGACGAGACGAGCAACUGGAUUGUAGCAAAGAACUCAUUCGUCCGAGGUCUCUCAGUCGUUGGUGGAGAUCUUGGGCGCCUCAAGGACCAGGGGUUCACAGUUGCGUAUGAUCAGAAAGCCCCAGAGAGCUCUUGGCUUCAAGGUCGGACCUACACUUUGCAGAACGGAGGAAAACUUCAGCCGUGGAAUUGA